AUGGCUCCUAAUCAUAUUUUGAUGAACCUCGAUAGCGCUUUUUUCUACGCACCCAAUCUCUCUGGCGCCUACGCCGUUCCUGCGUCGCCCGAUCACAAGAUUUUCCAGGUGCAAAUACCCACAUAUCAAAUGCUCACUCCGUCUAACAUACAUCCAAUGAGCGAUAACGAAUUCCUAUCUGCGCUUACGAACGGAAUGGACCAAAAAGUAUUACAACAAUGGUUGGCCGCUAAUGCUAAUGAUUCCUUGGCCUCUCCUGUUAUACAGCAUCAAACUCCACUCGAGUCUUAUAUCAUGAACGAUGACCUUUUAGAUCAUAACGAUGUGAUGUUGGCUAGUCCAAACGAGGAAAAAAUCUCGCCUUCUACUUUAAAUUCUCCAGUAAACAGUAAUCUUGGUGAAGAUGAAAAUUCUGAAAUGUUGUGUAGUUCUUUUGAUGACCUUUUGGAUGAUGAUUUACAUUCUUCUUUGGAUUUCUUUUCUGAAUCUGGCUUCAAUGCCUUGACCGAUGAUGCUUUAGCUGCUUUACCAUCUUCAUCUGUACAGCAUUCGAUUCAUCGUAGAAAAUCAGUUAAGCAAGAAGAGUGCAUGGAAAGUUUCAUCAAACUUGAGCAAAACGAUGAGCAGCAAGAUGUCCUUAUGUCGCAAGGAUCAAGCAGUGAAUCGUCACGUAACGAGUCGGAUAACUCGGCCGUCGAAACGGCCUCGUCCCAUACUAGUCCUUUAUCUUCGGCACCGCCUUCUCCUCAACCCAUAAAUUCAUCUGAUGUUCCAGCGACAUCCAAAUCAAAAUCCGGUGCAACACCGAAAAAGCAUACAAGUACCAAACCACCACGAAAUCUUGAGUGUUUCAAUUGCGGUGUAAAUAAGACUCCACUUUGGCGCCGCACUCCCGAUAGAAUGCAUUCCUUGUGCAAUGCUUGUGGUUUGUAUUACAAACAAUACAAUACACAUCGACCAUUGCACAUCAGAAACAAGCCAAGUACCAGCAGUGGUCCAUAUACUCUUCCGGCAUCACGAAAGAAUACAGUUUCCAGCAUUUCUUCAGAAAAUUCCGGUCCACAACCUUCACCGCAAUCACAAGAAUCUCAACAUCAGUUAUCACAGCAACAGCAACAGCCUCUACCUCAACAGUCGUCUCCACCGCCGCCACCUCAACCCGUCGUUACUGUCGUUACUGCUGCCAAUGAACCCCCUCCUACUCGUUGUGUGAAUUGCGCUCAGACGCAAACUCCCUUGUGGAGGAAGAAUGAAAAGGGGCAACCUAUUUGCAAUGCCUGUGGUUUAUAUGCUAAAUUACACAAUAGGGAUCGCCCUGUUGCCAUGCGAAAGGCAAAAAUCCAACGUCGUCGCAGGGAUUGGGGUGCUACUAAUGGCAAUCCAAAUGGAUGUCCUGACGGUUCGGGAUCGGAUGGUUCUUGCGACUCUAAUCCACAAAGUCCAACAUCUCCACAACAUUCACUUACCAUUCAAACUCUCUUACCUGGACAACGUCCCAUCAUGCCUCUGAUGUUCCCUCAAUCACAACUUGUCACCUCACCGAUCGCGAUGGUGGCUCCGAAUACCGUACAACACGGUUAUCCUUUCAUGCCACAGAUUGAUUUCGAAGAUUCGAGCGAUUCGAGGUUUAAGGCAUUAAUCGGAAAGAUGUCAAGAAAGCAAGUUGUAAACUUUCUUUCCAUUUUGGAAAGGCGUUGUGAUAUUCUGAAACAAGUGUUGGACGACGAACAAAAUUGUUAG